GUGGGGCUACAAGCAGAGGAAGUUCAGAGUGAAGUUCAUGGGUGAAUGAAUGUAGCUGGCUGGCUCUAAAAACACAGAGGGGUGGACUGUCGGGAAGUUACUCAAGUGCCGCCGCUGCUUGGCAGGUGUUCCCGAGCACAGCAUCGACGUAAUGCUGCCACAGUUUUUUGAUGGGAGCACAGAGCAGGCAGGGCUGAGAGGAUAAGCCGGUUAAAAGCCGGCGCUUUGCAGCUAAGCGCUUCAAGAUUCUGCCUUAUCCAGCAGUUUAACCUGUUUUCGUGCUGCUGAUUCUUUGGCGUAGACGGAUCAAGACCUCCCUGACAUGUUUGUGGGAUAAUCUUGUUGUACAUGGGAGAGCUGCUAAGAAAUCUCCAUGUGUAGAGUGGCUGGGGGGCUCAGCAGGAUGGAAAUAGAUGCCCGUUUUCGCUACUAUUUCCAGCACCCGUGGUCGCGUCUCAUCGUGGCCUACCUCGUCACCUUCUUCAACUUCCUCAUCUUCGCCGAGGACCCCGUCUCUCACAGUCAGACGGAGGCGCACAUGAUCGUGGUGGGCAACUGUUUCUCCUUCCUGUUCAACAAGUACCCGGGCCUCGGAUGGAACAUCCUGAAAGUAAUCUGCUGGAUACUGGCCAUUAUCACUGGCCUGGUAGCCGGGAAGUUUAUAUUCCACCGCCAGCUCUUUGGUCGAUACCUGCGCCUGAAAAUGUUCCGCGAGGAUCAUGGCUCCUGGAUGACCAUGUUCUUCAGCACCAUCCUCUUCCUCUUCAUCUUCUCACACAUCUACAACCUUUUCCUGCUGAUGGCUGGGAGCAUGGAGCCUCACAUGGUGACAGAGUACAUGGGCAUCAGGAAUGAGAGCUUUAUGAAGAUUGCUGCGGUGGGAACGUGGAUGGGAGACUUUGUCACUGCUUGGAUGGUGACAGAUAUGAUGCUCCAGGAUCAGCACUACCCAGACUGGGGCAAAGCAGCCAGGAGGUUCUGGAAACAAGGCAACAACAGGAUCGUCCUCUUCUGGACAGUGCUCAUCUCUCUGACGUCGGUGGUGGUUCUCGUCAUCAGCACCGACUGGAUCAGCUGGGACAACCUGAACCGAGGCUUCCUGCCCAGCGACGAGGUCUCCAGAGCUUUCCUGGCCUCCUUCAUUUUGGUCUUCGACCUUCUCAUUGUCAUGCAGGACUGGGAGUUCCCUCACUUCAUGGGUGACCUGGAUAUGAAUCUACCAGGAAUGUCAACAACGCAUGUGAAGGUCAAGCUUCCUGUCUGCAAGAGCAUCUUUAAAGAGGAGUACCACAUUCAUAUCACAGGUAAGUGGUUCAACUACGGUAUCAUCUUCCUUGUGCUGAUUUUGGACCUGAACAUGUGGAAGAACCAGAUCUUCUACAAGCCCUAUGAGUACGGCCAGUACGUCGGGCCCGGCGAGAAGAUCUUCACAGUAGAGGAGCCAGAAACGCUCAGCUUCUUCAACCACAGCACUCUCACCUACGAGUGGCGCUCCACCAACAUCGAUCCCAACAGCAACGUCACCUACGUGCAGCGGGACAUGUUCCUCCACAGCCGCUACACUGGCGCCAGCCUGGACGUCAAGUGCCUGGCUUUCAUCCCGAGCCUGGCGGCGUUUGUACUCUUCGGGUUCUUCAUCUGGUUGUUUGGGCGAUUUCAGGACAGCGAGACCUUCACGGAAAACCAAGACAAGACGUAUGAGAGGAUAAAGAGGAAGUCGCCGUCGGAGUACAGCAAGGAGAUGGGCGUGACACCAGAGGAGGUGCAUGUUACCAUGAGUGACAGCCUGAAACGAGCAGGGACGCCCAUGCUUCUCUCAGUGGACGGGCCGCACUUUGGAGCAACGCCCUCUACGAACUCGACUAUUUCUAUGGAAACCCAAGAGACACAUCCAAGCAUUGUGAUUGACAGCGUAGAGCAGGAGGAACCAGCAGUCUCUUUUGAUGUCCACAAGCUCUCUCCGUGACCUUAUGAACUCCUGACACUUUGAAGUCUGUAACUGCAGGACAGGUUGAAAAGGAGAGCUUAAGAUGCAGUUCGUCAAGCACUUCAACUGUCGCUUUUCUUCAGAUAAAGCCAAGCUGCAACAGGAGUUGACCACAACUGCUCCUUCAGGAGAAGGACAAAGUGAUGUUACAAGAUCAGUGGAGACAGUCCUGAUGGCGACUGCAGUUGCGUUUGUUUGAAUAUAUUUUUGUAAAACAGUCUUUUUAAAAAGCCUCUAAUACAGCACCGAUUCUGAUAACAAACGUCUUUUGACACAAAAUGCAAACGCUACACUGACAUGGUGCUCACUCGGAUUUUGCAUUUUCAUAAUUCAAUUUUGUCACGGGAAACUAUUUUGGUGCCUAUAUCAGAGGAGUAUUUGUACAGUCGUGACACUGCAGUCAGGUGGAUCACACCAGUGUUACAGCUACACUAGUGCCUUGAUAUUUCAUAUCUUUAAAUACAGACAGAAUCCUGUUCAGUCUAUACUGCUACUAUAGGCAACAAAAUGGAAGAUGUCCUAGUUACAAUCUGCUAUAUUAAAGGGACAAUUCACCCCAAAUCAAAAAUACUUAUUUUUCCUUGUACCUGCAAUUUAUUAACUUUUUUAAAGUGCUAAUUUUAUCUGCAAAGGAAAACUAUGUCAGCAUCUGUUUGAUCUAAUAAGAUGAAAUUUAUGUUUUUCUCAUCUCACUUCAGUCUUUUUUUGCAGCAAACUGUAUCUCCUGGACUGAAAAAGAAAUUUAUUAUAUUGCUCUAGCAGGCUACCGAAAGUUUAAUUUGUAUUUGUAAUAUUAAUAAUAUAUAUAACUAGAAAAAUUAAUACCUUGUGUCUGUGCAUCAAUAAGAUAUUGCCACACAAAAAUAUUGCAGUAUUAUGCUAUAUUUAUUUUCCCCUACUCCUGCUAUUUAUCCAUUUACACUGUUACGGUGUCAGUUGCUGAGUAUUGCAGAUACACUCAGCUUGUGGUGCUCAAAGCGCCAAAAAAAUAUAUGCGAAAAACUCAAUAGCAAUGUCUGUGUUCUAGAAAUCACGACCCAGUUCCUCAAGAGAAUCCACAGACCUUGUUUUGAGCAGUUUCAUACAGGAAGUAUUUUCUCUCUACCAAACUAUACCCUCCAAUAGUAUCACUGCGCAAAAGGAGGUGUGCAUCCACCCAUGGACGAGAGGCUUAUGCUCAAGAUUGCACGACAUGUUAACAUAACGGCAUCUUCCACGACUGAGCUGUAACAUUAGCUAGUUCAGUGGUGCUAGGUGAGCUAGCAGUAGAUGCAUGCUUCCUUCUGCGCAGUGAUAUGGUUUACGUCUGUAGUUCCUACAUGAAACUGCUCACAACAAGGUCUGUGGAUUAUCUUGAGUAACCAAGUCAUGAUUUCUGGAAAGAGACAUGAUGUUGAGUUUUUCAAAUGUAUUUUUUUGGUGCGUCAUGUACCACAAGCCGAGUACCAUCUGGUCUCAUUAUGUUGGAGAGAAGGCAGACAUCUCUACAGUCGAUAUCUCCAACACUCUGCAACUCACCCCAAAACAAUCUAGACUGAUAAAUAGCACCACAGGUAAGAGGAAAUAUAUGUAUUUUUGAAUUUUGGGGUGAACUGUCCCUUUAAUGUCUUAUAUAUGCUUACAUCUUAUACAGACAAGUGUUACCUCAUUUGAUCCUAAGACUUAAUCGUUUUUAUUUAUUCUCAUGUGGUGUCAGUCUUACCCUCACUCCUUGUUGAAACGACAUGAUUAUGAGCAUCAGUGUACUUUGAUGACCUGUUCAUAUCCCCCUCACUUAAUAUUAGUUGCAGAGAUAAUAAAUGCAAUCAGCUAAGAUCAAAUAUCUAACCAACAAGCCACCUCAUGAUUGCUUAUGUGGCUGCUGCACCUGGACUGAAUACCAACAGUGUUGGAAAGGUGGUUUUGCCCUUGGCAUAAACAUGCCAUUGAAGUGCAGGAGAGGCUUCUGCUCCAAAGCUCAGGGCUUCUUUAUGUCUAGAUAAACCUUAACAGUUUUAAAAGCAGUUUUGCAGUCAUGGUAAAUGCAUGAAAAAUUAUUUAUUUAUUUGAAACAUUAUCCAAGUGUAAAAAAAAAAAAACAACAACAAAAAAAAACCCCUGAUGUUUGAACGCAACUAAAACCUGCAGCAUUUAUCUUUACACUGGCUUUGAAACUGUUCACUGCCCUUUUACAUAUUUUCCUAUGCUACAAAGUCUCUUUAAAAUACAUAUAUUUGGAGUUUUUGGUCCAAAACAGUAUGCCCUUCAGGGUUUUUUUUUUUUUUCUCGGUCAAGUGCAAAUGCUAACUUUGACUUGCAUCAUAGAGUUUGGCAUUUUUCAGUAAGUACAUAAAAUUUGACCAAAGAUACCAAAUAAUUCAGUAUUUUGAAUAAAUAUUGCUGCAUAAGUUGAUAUGCUAAUGUAAAAGAGAUAUAUAAAUGACAGAAUGGAAUGAUAUUAAGUGUUUUUGUAUCACUCUGCAUUAUAAUGGACUGAAAUGUACUAUAAUGUCCUGGAAAAUUAUUUCCCAAAAAAGAGGGAACUAUCAAAAAUGACCACAUUCUUUCCUCCCUAACAACUCAGUCGUGAGUUUUGUUCAACAUUAUUAUGAGUGAUGUAGCCCGGAGUGUGCCACCAGAUUGGUUAAAGACUUCUGCAGUGUUUAAUUAUAAUCAAUUAAUACAUUUGAUGAAAAGGCUGUUUUAAAUCAUUUAAUUAAAUUUGCUGGCAUUUAUAUAUUUAUAUACUUAAGU